AUGUUCUCUACUGUAACUGCAGCGUCUGAAGAUCAGACAGUGUCCUACAGAUGGAGGGGUUUUAAGGAGGAGGAUGGAGCUCAGCUGAACUUCACUCUCAAACCAGAAGAUGGAGACGUUACUCUGAACUGCACUGCAUCCGGCAGCACUGGGAAUGGCUCAAACAUGACCACAGUGAAAUGCACUCCAGAAAAGCCCACUAUAGGUUUGUCUAAUUCAGGAGCUCCAUUCUCAGUGCUCCAUCUGCUCAGUUUUUCAAUGGCAGCGUCUCCAUAUCUGCUGUCCACCAUCAUACUGGGGGUGAAAAGCUACAGAGCUCGAGUAAAUAACCGUUUAACGAUUUUCCAUUGUAAAACUGUAGAACGCAAUGCAUCAUGGGAUGCCCUACAAAUACAACUGCCACCUGUGUAUUUAACCAUAACCUACUGGGGGCAAACGGGCAGUUCGGUUUUCCCCUGGAAAGAAGAAGUUUCCUCAGGAUUUACUGCUGUUCUUGAGAUCACCCACCUGAGGAAAACUCCAAGAACACCUGCAUUUGUGAAAGAAUUAAGUUCUGUUCUUCGUUCAGAUGUCCAAAGUCCAACACCUGCAGACGUAUCAAGAAGUCUAAGGAAUAGCCAACCCACCAUCAGUACACCAAGUACAUCCAGCCCAACUGACAGAUCCAGAGUAAUAGAUCUUAGUACUUGGCUCGACAAGUUUAAGGUCCCAUGGAGCAAGAUGCCCCAAGGAAUAAAACUCUCGAUAAACGCACAACAGCGGCCUACUCCUCGAGACCGUCGGGAGAUGAUAAGAGUCAUUGUAGACGAAAUAAGACUUAUUGAGCCCAAUCCUACUAGAUCAGACUGCGUUACAGUCGCCAAGAUGGUUGUUAAGGAAUAUCCAGAAAGUUUUGCAGACAUUCUAAAAGAUGGCACCAGAAUUGGAAGUGGGUUUGCUUCACUGGUGAACCAGCUAAAACGCGAGUUGAACACCUCAACCGUAACAGUGUAA